AUGUCAUCAAAUUUAUUUUAUGAUAGUGAUGACGAACGUGAUAGUUUUGAUGUUGAACGUUUACAAAUUCAAACGUUCCAAAAUAAUUUUUUAUCAGCAUCGAUAGAAAGUAGUGAAGAUGAUGAUGAAGGUAUAAUUGAUGGUACUAAAAUUCCUUCAUCAACUAAAACAAAAACUCGUGCUCGACAUUCAUAUUUGGAUAUAUCAAUAUUAUCAUCAUCACCAUCAUCUAUAUCUAUUCAAGACGAAGAAAAACAUGAUGAUGAUAAUAAUGAACAAAAUCCAUUUGAUAUUAUUUCAAAAUCUAUUGAUCUUGACCAUCUCAAACCUGUGAAAAAGAAAAAAAGUCUUGGUGUAGCAAAAUCAAGAAUUAUUCUUGAUACAACUGAUAUUUAUGAACAAGAUGAUAGUAAUCAUAGUCAUGAUUCAUUUCGAAAAAAUGAUGAUGAUGAUAACAAUGAUGAUAUACAAUCAAGUAAAACUAAAUCAAAUGCCAAAUCAAAAAUUCGAAAACCAACGAAAGCUGCAAUUUUGGAAACAGAAAAAAAGAUGCAACAACUCAGUCGUUCUGAACAUUUAGUAUUACCCACAUUUAUUCCCAAACCAUUAGAAACAUGGCAUGCAUUAGAAAAACGAUCUCGACAAGAAUUAAUGAAUGAAAUUCGUGCAAAAAAUCCUUCAUUUACUCCUCAAGAUCCUGAAUUACCUGAAUUACCAGUAGUUGAUAUUGAAACAACUGCAGCAUCAACACUUGCUGAUAUAACGAAAUUAAUCGAGGAUAAACCAUCAACAUCAUCCAAUACUCUCAAUAAACUUAGUCGAUUUUUAAAUCCAGAUAUAUUAAAAAAGAAACCAACAAUGUCAAAUAUGGAAAAAGAAUCAACUACAAUGAUCGAUUUAACUGAUACAAAAAAAGCACCAAGCCAUCCUACUGUUAAAUCAGCUAUUAAUAUUUCACUUGAUUGUAUUAAAUCUCCAUCAUCUAAUAAGAAAUUAUUUGAAAUGCAAAAACAACUUGGUAUUCGAAUGCGAGCUAAACGAGCAGCGAUGCUAGCUGAAAAUGUGACAAAUACUAAAAUUGAAAGUGAUGAUGAAGAAGAAGAAGAAGAACAAGAAGCAGAAGAAAUUGAUGACGACUCAAUGGAUACUACCGAUGAAAGUAAUGAUGUAAAUUCUGAAAUUGUAUCGAUUAUUGAAAAAGAAAAUGAUAAUUUACAAAUUAAUGAAGAGACAAGACAAUCUCUAUCUGAUGAUGAUGAAGAUAAUGACGAGGAUGAAGAGCAAGAAGAAGAGAAUGAAAAGGAAAAUACUAAUACACCUAGUGAUCCAAAUCGACCUUCAUUAAAAACGAUACUUACACGAUUGGAAUCAUCAAGUGAACCGAUACAACCACAACCAGUAGAACAAAAUGGUCAAACUGAAUGGUUUAAUUCUGCACGGCCAGCACAGUUUGAUUCUGAGCUUGAAAUGCUUUGUUCCGGUGCAUUUGAUGGAAAUAAUAUUAUUCCACUAUCGCAAAAUUAUACACGUGUUGAACCGAUGGCAUUUUCUCCAUUGCCACCGACACAAAUCGAAGAAGAAGAUGAAGAAGAUAUUGGUGUACGACGUCCGAAAGUUCGUCAAUUAAUUGAUGAUGAUGAUGAUGAUGAUGAAGAUGAUUCAAAUAAACAAUUAAAUAGUGGAAGUAAUAAUGUCGAGGAAAGUGAAGAUGAAGAAGUAGAAGAUAAUGAAGAACAAGAGGAAGAAACAGGAGAUAAUGAAGAAUUAGUUGAUUAUAAAAAACAAUUGUUUGAAAUGGAAGCUGAAGAAUCAGGAAGUGAAGUUGAUGAAAAAGAAAAGGAUAAUGAUGAUGAUAGUGAUGAUAAUGAAGAACCUGAUGAAGAAUUACAAAAAUUUAUUGAUACAGCAGCUAUUGAAGUCGAUGAAGAUGAAGCAGAUAGUAUGGCUAAAGUUCAUGCAAAAAUAAAAGCAAAAGAAGAUGAACAACAAUUAAAAUUACUCAAAGAACAAUAUCUCGAUUUCGACGGCGAUGAUGAUGGAAGACGAAUAAAAAUAUCUAAAGCUCGAACGGAUGAUGAAGAAGAAGAUGAUCCUGAUUAUAAUAGUGAAAUAGCAGAAGAAGAAGAAGAAGAUGAUGAAGAUGAUGAUGAAAAUAAUCCAAUGAAUUUACAUGAUCGAAUGAGUGAAUUAGAACGACAACGUUCUAUACAAGAUAAUCAGGCUGAAGAACUUCAUCUAGACGAAGAUUUAGAUAGUAUUGGUCAAAAUAGUUUAAUGUUUAAAAAAGGUCUUGUACUUAAACAGAAAAAAAUCCAAAAUACGACUACAUCUCAUAUUGAAUCAACGACUCAAACAACAACUAGUUCGACAACGAAAAAAACUAAUCAAACUCGUUCUGUUACACUUAGUUCAGUUCUAUUAGCUAAACGAUUUAGUUCAACACUCUUAGCACCAGUUAAUAGAAAUAAUAUAACGGUAGCGAAUAUAAAUAAUUCAAAUGAAACAACAAUGACAACAAAAAAACAACAUAAUCCUCGACGACAUGUUUUUACAACAAAUACAACAGCUAUUAGUACAAAUGAAAAUCAAAAUCCAACAACAUCAUCAUCUGGUGAAAAACGAUCUAAUUCCACUGAUAAAUCUCCGAAAACAAAUAUUAAAAGAUUUAAACAAUCAACAACAACAACAACUGUUACAACAAAAACUAAAGAAUCAGCAACAAGUGUAUUUUCCGCUUUAGCAUUAUCGAAUACACGACAUUAA